UUGCCAUGGAGAUGCCGGUGCGGUCGGGUGCGCUCCCGGUGGUGGAGGAGGACGAGGGUUCGUGCGUGCCGCCUCACCCCGGGCUCGAGGAGCGACUGCGGUACCGAUCGGGCGGCGGGAGACGGCGACGUCGCGGGGUGCCGUUCAACCGGGCCGGCCACUACAUGCUGGUCGUGAUCGGCGACAUCGCCACCGAGCACCAGCUGGACGCCGCCAGAGCUCACGUCGAGUCCGGAAUCCGAUCCUGGGACGUGGACCUGGCACGCUGCGACCUGGAGCAGCAGCUGCAGUUCUUCGUCACGCGCCACUCCGCCCAUUUCUCCCCGGACGUCAAAGGGCAAAGGACUCUCCACUACAAAAGCGAUGUACUAGAGACGGUGGUGCUGGUCAACCCCUCACAAGACACUGUGGUGUCUGAGAUCCAAUAUCUCAUCACCGAUUCGGCCGGACACAAGCUUCUGAUCUUGAGUGGCCUUAGCUCUGAUCACGGUGGCCUUCUUCUUCAAACGGGGGUUUUCACCUACGAGACCUUUGCUAGUAUCAUCGUAGAUCCUGGGGUUAGUGAAGUACUUGGCCCAUUAAUCCCCAAGCAGCAGGCUACACUUACUGUGUACUGCCAAGGUGAGGUGGGCUGGAGCUCCCUUGGACAGCAGCCGAACCUCCGGGAUUUCCUCCAAUACAAACUAAACCCUGAGCUUGUCCUCCCAAAGAUGGAGGGGGUCACCGAGUUCACAGAGUACAUCUCUGCAACGGUUGACGUUCCUUCACCUUUUGACCUGCUAGAACCACCAACAUCUGGUGGGUUCCUGAAACUGUCAAAACCAUGCUGCUACAUAUUUCCUGGCGGACGUGGAGACUCCGCACUCUUCGCCGUGAACGGCUUCAACAUCUUAGUAGAUGGUGGCUCCGAACGGAAAUCCUGCUUCUGGAAACUAGUCCGUCACUUGGACCGCAUUGACUCCAUUUUGCUUACACACAUCGGUGCCGACAAUCUGCCAGGGAUUAACGGGAUCCUGCAGAGGAAGAUCGCAGAACAGGAGGAGGAGAAAUCUAAAGGCUCUACCAACCAUAGUGAUUGGAUCAAGAACCUGAUCUCUCCAGAACUUGGAGUGGUGUUUUUCAAUGUACCCGAGAAGUUACGCAUGCCAGAAUCCACCCUAAAAGUCAAACGCAGCAUUGAAGAAGCCUCUUUGACUUUACAAUAUCUUAACAAACUGGGAGUCAGGCCAGAGCCUCUUUUUCGAGUCGUGAGCAACACAAUUGAGCCCAUUACCCUGUUCCACAAGAUGGGAGUGGGCAGGCUUGAUAUGUAUGUUCUCAACCCUGUCAAGGAAAGCAAAGAGAUGCAGUUCCUCAUGCAAAAGUGGGCUGGAAAUAGCAAGGCCAAAACUGGUAUUGUGUUGCCAAGUGGAAAAGAAGGAGAAAUAUCUGUGCCCUACCUGACAUCAGUUACCGCCUUAGUUGUCUGGCUUCCUGCAAAUCCGACAGAAAAGAUUGUCAGGGUCCUUUUUCCAGGAAAUGCACCGCAAAACAAGAUCCUGGAAGGACUGGAAAAGUUAAAGCACCUUGACUUUUUGCGUUAUCCUGUAGCUACACAAAAAGACAUGGCCUCAGGAGCUCCUCCUGUUGUAAAACAGACAAAGUUAAAACAAAGGACCGACAGCAAAGACAGCCUUAAAUCUUCCCCAAAGACAUCCGUAAAGUUCAACAAGGAAAAAACAGAAGGACAAGAUGAUGUCUUGGUUGGUAUUGAGACAAAGAGUGGGGCUGUGAAAGAAAACAUUCCUGAAAAAAAAGAAGAGAAAAAGCCAACCAAAACCAUUACAUCUAAAACUGAUAUGUCAGAGAAGAAGAAACUUCUGAAAGAAAAAUCCCUGCGAAAACACUCCAAGGAAAGGGUAUCAAAGAUGGAUGAGAAAAAAGACAAAGAGAAGAAAGAGAUCAGGAAAAUUAGGAAAGACGAGUCAUCUAAAAAAGAUGAGAAGAAAGAUGUGAAGUCCAAAGAAGACAAAAAGAAAGCGACAUCUAAACCAGAGCUGAGAAAAAUAGCAAAGCCUGACCUCAAACCUCUCACGCCGGAAGUCCGAAAGACACUACACAAAGCUAAAGUAUCAAGUAAAACAAAGACCGGAAAAACAAAACCAGUGAAGGCUGAAGCAGGUGAAUUAAAGCCAGAAGGACCAAGGAGUCGUGAAGGAAAAGACAACCGAACAGAAGGCGUUCAACUAGAGUCAACAUUUAAUACAGCUGUUUUGAGUCCUUCUGCGCCUGAAGAUAUCACCAAGGACUCUGAAUUGACCACAGCUGAAUCUGCAGCUGAUUUGGCAGAGCCCUUAGGCUCCGAUGAUGUUGUUCUGCAGAUUACUGCUCAAAGUUUUUUCCAAGAAAAGCCAGAAGCACCAGAAACGGAACUCUUAACUGCAAAAGAGUCUCCUGAAAGAGAGCAGGCGAAAUAUGAUGACAAGAAAGACAUGGAAGAGGCACAAAUGUUUGAGGAUGAAGGCGCUGCAUCCCAGGAUGAGGAGGAUGAUGAAGAAGAGGCUGUAACUGCUGAGGCAAAGAGUGAGGAAGAGGAGGAUAUGGGCAUUGGAGAAGAAGAAGAUGAAGAAUUCCAGUUAAAGGAGCGUGAUGGUAGAGACAGAAAAGAUGAAACUGAAGAAAUGGAGAAAGCGAAAACACUCUCAGCGAAGGUAGACACAAAAGAGCAGGAAGAGGACGAAGAGCCAGAAGAAAAGGCUGAACUGGAAGAGGUGGAAGAUCUGGACGUGAUAGCUGAUGAAGAAAUCAGCAACGAAGGUGUGGCUGAACAGCCUAUGGUUGGUGAGAGCGAAACUGACACCUUUACCACUGCCAAACAUGAGGAAGACGAGGAAGAAGCCUACCCAUCCAAUGUGGGAGCGGCAACAGCUCAAAAAGCAGUAGACCCCAUUUCUUAUAUCCAAGAUGAGACUAUUCCAGGCUACUCUGAGACGGAACAAACCAUUUCUGAUGAGGAGAUUCACGAAGAAGCCGAGGAGAAAAUACCACACCUUCAGUAUGACGUUGGCAUGUAUGACAUCUCAGUUCCAAAUCAAACUGGAUCAUUUGUAAACAUUCACGGCAUGAGGGAGAUGCAAGCUUCAACCAUGAUUGGAAAAUCAUCCAUCCCAGGCGUGCAGGAGCAAAUUUCAAUGUUCACCAACAUCUUCACUGCCCCUCUAGCGGAAGAAGAGCAUGUAUCCUCUGCGACUUCUAUCACAGAGUAUGAUAAACUGUCCUCUCUCCCCACUUCUAUUGCUGAAGACCAGUCUGUUGCAUCCACUGUAACUACUGAGGAACCAGUCAAAACCAGAUCUAUCGAUCCCACUCGAGACAAAGACCAAAUUCUAUCAUCUGGAACGCUUUCACCGUCAUCUCUUGAAGAGAGGUCCCCUUCCACUGACUUACAGCUUCCUCUCGAAGAAACAAAGAUGGCUGCUAAGUUUCCCGUUUCCCAGGACGACGACGAAGAGGAGGAAGAUCAAACUCCUAAUGUUGAUAUCGCUCUAGAAAAACUUCAAGAGAGCUAUGCUUCAUUACAAAUAAUAAAGGCACAAGACAAAGAUGUUGAAAAGCCGCCUGACUCUUUAUCUCCUGCUUCCAAUUCUCUAGAAGAGGUCAAGCCAGUCCACUUUCCGGUGGAGGAGCAAAAUAUAGAUGUUGUGGCCCCAAAAGGGGUUUCGUCAGUUGUCCCCACCAGGCUUUUUGGUUCGGACUCAGUAACCUCAGAGAGUGAGGAACGUUGUUUCAGUCCGGAUGAUAUCACUGUAAAAAUGGCCUCUCCAACACAUUCCGGACCCUCGAGCGUCACUCAUUCCCCUCUUCGUCAUUCACCAGUUGGAGCCUUCCCGGAUUUUGAACUCCAAAAACUUGCCGACACAACUGAAGACCAAACCUUACAGGACAAUGAAACAGUUCAAAAAGACAAAAAGCAUGAAUUGCAUGCCGAAGAUGUUUCAACAGUAUCUGACAAAACAUUUGACAAGGACUUGAAGGAGGUUGCAGGGAAUGGCAAGCAGACAGAAACAACAGUAAUACAGGAUGCAUCUUCAACGAAAGUUCAACCACCCAUGUCAGGAUGGGCUUCUUCGUCCUCAAAUCAACAAACACACAUUGAAUGUGAAACGCUAUUUUUUGCCCACUCUCCAGAAAGAGACACCGAUUUCUUUGACGAUGACCACGAUAAAAAGAAAAAUGAUAAAGAUGAUGCUAGAUCUGAAGUUGAAACAUUUAUUACAGUGGAACAAAAAGAGAUGGAGACCAAUAAACAUGGUGCCUCUGCAUUGCAAGAACUGCAGGAUGAGCAGAAAUCAAAAUCUGCACUCCAGAAAGACAGGUGUGCCAUCACAGAUCAGAAGUUAGAAAAAGAUGCUGAUAUAUUCAAUGUUAAACCUGUGAAAGAAGAGACACUUGAUAGUGCCAUGAAAGGUUAUGUUAAAGUGCUGGCAAAAGAUUCAACUCCUGCAGCUGAAUUAUCCAAAGGAAAAAUAGUUGCAUCUGAGGAAAAACAGGUCAUAGAUAUAGACUCUAACCUCAAAACCACAGAGGCAGUUGCAGGGACAAAACCGGAAGAAGAUCAGAUUCAAAGCGUCCACAGCACGGUGCCAGCAAAAGAUGUGAUGGAGAAAGAGGCAGAAGAUGAAAAAUCCUUCACAAAACCUUGUCAGGACGAGAAACAGGGGAAGAUUGAAAAGGAUGAUACACUGUUUACUCAACUCACCAAAGAAGACGUUGUUUGCAUAGACGCAACAUCAACUGUUGAGAGUUUUAUAGCCAAAGGAAAAGAUCAGGAGAUGGAGGAAGAGAUUAAAUUUAAAAGUGAUAAUUUUUCUGCCGUACUACUGAAGUCACAACAGUCACUUGUAGAAAAGGAUGUCAUUGCAUUUUCUGAAGAUAAAGUCAGCAUGGAUGACACCUUGCAAGAAGAUGCUGACGCUGAUAAAGUCAUGAAAAAGGGUGACGAUAGGGUGAAUACCUCCACUGUCAAACCAUCCAGGGAGGAAGAAAUGACACCUGUGGAUCAAAAGGUUGACAUCAAAUCUAUGGGAGAAGAAACAGAUUCUGGAACAAUUAAAUAUGGAACAUCUACCAAAUCCACUAAAGCAGAGGAAUCCGAAGAAUAUUUUGAUGUAAAAAAAACUAAAGAAGCAGACAAAAAGGUUGAUUCGAAAGAAAAACUCACCAAGGAAGAAGAUAAAGAGACACAGAAGGAUGAAGGUUAUGAUAAACCAAUUAAGUUUGAAGAGGAAAAAAUUGAAAAAGCCAAGGACAAGACUGACCGCUCUGACGAAACCUUUGUCCAACUUACGGAGGAUGAAAGGCUGGAAAAGAGCGCUCUUAGUGACAAAGAGAUUGCAAUCCCAGAGACUACGAAGAUGAAAGAAGGUGACAUCUCUGUUGACAAAGGAAUUUUAGAGGCUAAAGAGAAAGUCAUGGAAAUGGAUAGCACAAAAAUAGAAAAAGACAACAUUGUAGAGUAUGUGAAGAAUGCAGAAGAAAAACAGGUUAAAGUUGAAGAUUUCAAUGUGAAAGUAAAAGAUAUAUUAAUUGAAAAUGAUGACAGGAGAGAGCCUGGGAUAUGUCCGAGUGGAGACAAACAUGACUCCAAGAACGAAUCAUAUUCCCCAUAUGACACCCAAAAAGUUAUAGUGAAACAUGAUUCUACUUUUGAGUCUGAUAUUAAGAUGGAUGACAUGGUUGUCCAGUCAGUACCCCAGGCCAUAGAAGAGGAAGUAGAUACGAAAAAGAUGCAUGAAGAAUCCUUGAACACACUAACUGCAUCUACCAGAGAGGAAGGUGCACUGGUACAAAAACAGCAGGACUCCUCGGAAGUUGAACCAAGUGAAGAACAACAAACAGUGCAUCCUGAAAACCAAGAGUCCCUCCAAAUGCAGGAAAAAGUGCUCAACGAAGAAACUAAGGCCAUUAUCAGUGCAGUGGAAAGAACGGAGCAAGAAAAAGAUGAUGCUCACGUUGCCGAACUAAAUAAGGAAAAGAAAAUGGAGAAGGAAGAAGAAAAAGAAAUGACAUGUGAGGCAGAAGAUCUUCUGGAGCAAGGGACAAUGUCAGACAAGAUUAAAGAAAGUUCUUUGUUCCACAUGAAGGUUGAAGAUGCCAGCGAGGGAGAACAGUCUGAAGCUAAAGUAGAAAAAUGGGAGCGAGAGGAGUUACAAGAGAAGGACCUUGACAAAACCUCAAAACAAUCUGCACAGACCACUUUUAGAGAAACAAUGCUGGGUUCAAAGCCCGACAAUGAGCCUAACUUCCUGGUUCAGUCUUUAGAUGAAGGCAGGGAUGAUGAAGAGGAGGAGUAUAUUUGUAUGGGCUCCAGACCUUUGUCAUUGGAGCCAAAAAAAUCAGAACAUGGCAUCAUGUCUGUAGAUCAGUUGUCAUCACAAACGUCUUCGUCAUGUGAUCAAAUCCAAGAGACCACACUCAGACAAAACAUAAUAGUCAUACCUACACUUACAAUGCAGGGGCCUUCAAUGGAUGAUGACAUCAGAGACGUUUUAACCGAAGAAUUAAUUCCUUCUUUGGAUGCUAUUGAAACUGAAAUCACUCCUGCAUCGCUUUCCCACCCGCAGCCAUCUUUUACUAGUGACACAUUAAAGGAGACAACUUCUAUUCCAGAACAAGAUCCAGCCUGUGAUUUAUCAGACUCUAAGAGAGAACAAGAGUCCAGCUUGACAGAGACAAAGAUUGUAUCGUCAGCAUUAUCUAAUACUGAAUCUAGAAGUGCUGAAAAUCAGGCCACGGUCCAACCUCAAAAAAGGUCUGUGACCAUUGUUAAGAUGGAACAAGAGGAUAAACCUGUUAAGGAGGCAGAGCGAGAGAUGGAAGGAGAACGGGAAGUUGCUUCUCCAGGCUUUUCUCAGCCUUGUUCAUACUUCCUGUUGGAUAAAGACACUGAUGACAGGGGCUUAGGUGCAAACCGUGAAAACAAGCAGAGUGCUGAUAAUGGAAAAGGAGGACUCCAAGAUGAAAACAGAUAUUUUGCUGCAUCGAAGUAUGAACCAUAUGAAAAGCCAAUUUCAAAAGAUUCUGUCACAAGAGACGAGACUGCUGAGUUUCCAGGUCAUACAUUAGAAAUCAGCAUGGAUGAUAACAGGAGAACAAGCCAGACAGGGACAGCCAUGUUUCUUCCGGAAGAUCAAGUCAAAGAAGAACCAUUAUAUUUAAGUGGAACUGACGACAGCCCACAGAGUGAAAGCCACCAAUGUGCCUCCCCAAGACAUGAAGACCGUGAGAAAGGACAAGAAGAAGAGAGUGUAAGAGAGGAAAGAUCAGACAUGCCUCCUGCCUCAAAGAGUUUUCCAGCCGUAACCAUACAAGACAAUAAAAUGUCCCAAGAGUCUUAUAGUCCCAAAGAGGACAAGCCAGAGAAAUCAGAGAAAGAAAAGGAAGACGCAAAGGAAGGAACUACCGUCGCCUUUCAAAUGGGUGAAAGGGAUCAGACACUAUUCGGUGCUGCUACUCAUUCCACAGGACCACAAUCAAGACAAGACACCUCAGAUGAUGAUGCCUCAGCUACUGUAGUACAUUUUGGAGAAGUCACAGAGAAGGCCACAGAAAAUAAAGAGAAUGAACAAUCUGUAGAAUUCCUGAAAGACAGGAUAGAGUUCUCUGAUCAUGAAGACUCUCCAUCUGGUCGACAUUCACCAGCAGAAAAAGACUCUUUGCCCCCAUUUGCUUCAUGUUCAGGAAGGCAAGAACAGGCAACUGGAUCAAGAACAGGGUCAGCCUCCUCAUGUGUAGGACAGCAGAUAGAUGACAACAUCCGCGCUUCGGACAAUGGUCAAUCCCUAUUAGAAUGUUCCAAAGAAAACCUAAUAGACAUAAGAUUACUUGUCGAGGGUGAAGAUUUUAAUGUUGAUGAUGAUGAUGAUGAUGAUGAAGAUGAGGAUGACGAGGAAGAGGAUAUGAGUGACGUUGAGAUGGAAAAGGGUGCCAGAGAGCAGUCUGAAAAGGAAACCUGCAGGAGUAGUCCUGAUGAUAAAGUCACAUUAACUUCCCAUGAGGAUGUAAAGACAACACCUCCUGGUGUGAGCUUCCUGAAAGAAGAAAUUUCCUUUAAAGUUUCACCCGAUGGUGCCUCAGAUAAUCAAGCCUUUGAGAUGUCAAAGGAGGACACAAGUAAAAAAAUAUCUAGUGACACAAACCUUCUUGAAAAGGAAGACUUCUCUGGAGCAACAACUGUUGAUAUGACCCUCCCUGAGACCAAAAGUAAAAAUGAAACAACACCACCACCAGGCAUUAGCGCUUUGAAAGAGGAAAACAUUUGUUUGAUUACCUCACAUGAAUCAAAGGAAAUUGAAGAAAAGAAACAGAUCUCCCCUAUAACACAAAGAAAGUCAUCAAUUGCUGAGGAUGUUGCUUCCUCUGAGGUGCAGCAAAAAGAUGAGAAAAAGGAUGAGGACAAAGCAUCUGCAGCUCCACAAUCAAGCAUUCUGACAAAAGAUCAUUGCCAGUCAUCACCCACUAGCAGCCUCAAUAGCAGUUCAGCACCAUCUGACCAGCCAAAGACCACAUCUAGUCCUGCAUCCGAUCUCUUUGCUCUGCAAACUGGAAGCUAUGCCGAUAUCGGACAGAGCGGGCCAAGAGAAAACGCUGAGCCAAUGGAGUUCAAUCAAGUAGGUCAAAAAGAUCCGCACCAUGUAGCCCCGUCAGAUGUAUGCCAGCCAGUAAGGCUAAGGGAUGAGGAAUAUUACCAAAGAGACACCCAAGUAGAAAGUGCGACUGCAAGGCAAAGUUCAGAUCUUACGGCAAAAACGGGGGAUGAGCGUCUUACAUCAACCACUUUGGCGUCUUCCUCUGCAACCAGUGCUGCAUCCCCCUUCUCAAGUUCUGGCCUUUUUAGCCACCAGUUUGAAGACCAUGAGGAAAGGUUUGUUGGUGUAUCAAGCUGUUUAGCCCAAGAGCUGCCACCAUUGAGCAGUGACUUUCUGAGCUCAGUCUCUAGUAGCCUUCAGAGAGACGAGUACAUGGAGGUGAUGACAAAACAUACAGACGAGUACUUCCAGUCAGAGAAGGCCAAAACGUCACCCCUGCAAAAUACUGACCCUUUAAAACAGGACGAGACAUUGUCCACAUCUCAAGCUUGUUUUGAUGUCGCCCCACAAAGGGCUGAACACACUGACAGCACAUCACAACAGACAACACCGGACAAAGACCCAAGCCCCCUACCAUGUGACUCUGAAUGUCAAAAAAUGUCAGUCGUGAUGCACACAGCUCAACACACCACCUCAGGCUCUUCAGCUAAUACAAGUGGUGCUACCUCAUGUGCCAUUACCGACCUGCCCAAUGCAGAGGAAGUAAAAGAGAGGGUUAAGACACCUGCGGUUGAAAAGGAGAAGCCUAUCGACUCUAAAGUGGAAAAGGAAAUUAGUAAAACAGCAAAAGGACAAGAAGAAGUAAGGAUUCCGGAAGAGAAGAUUUGCAAGGAGGGUGAUAAACUGAUAAAGCCUUUUGAUCCAAAGAUGAGUGAAGAAGUAGAUGUCAAGAAAGAGGAAAUAGAAGCUGAAAGUCCAGAGGAAAGGGAAGGCUUUUUGGAUAAGCUACAGGAGAGAUUCGGGGUAAGGCGGAAGAGCAGUAUAUCUGAUUGGGAGCUGCUACAGAGGCCAGAUGAUUUCCCAAGUGCCCCUCCACCAGGUUAUGGUGACCAAGAGGAGGAAGCAACGGAAGCCUUUGAGUGGAUGGCAAGCAUCCAUGGUGCUUCUCUGUUCUCCUCAAAAGUAACCGCUCUCACAGACACACCGAGCCAAGCAAAAACUGAUCGUCCAUCCGACUUGAAUACCCGAGCCACUUCUCCCUACCCUAUGGUGGACUCGUCCUAUGAAUAUAAACAGCGUAAAGGAGACCUCUCUCCCUCUUUCAUCAACCCAAGUCCACUUCAGUUCUCUGGUGACGAGGGCGAAGAUGACGACCGACGUGCCCGCUCCCAGGAAGGAAGAGAUGCAGAUCAUGAACAAAGAUCCGUAAAAAGGAAGUCACACAAGACAAGGCGCCACCACACACACCACAGAGAUGCUGCUUCACAUGGAAUGACCAGAACAUUAGCUGGAGAAGAAACACCACCAACAUCCGUAAGCGAGUCGUUACCUUCACAGUCCGAUUCCGAUGUUCCACCAGGAACGGAGGAGUGUCCUUCCAUCACCGCAGAAGGUAACCUGGACUCAGAUGAAGAGGCUGAACAUCUGCCUGUCGACAAACUGUCUGCUUCUGGUGCUGCCAGUGGUCAACGCACCGCCAGUGCCGAGGCAGCUCAGAAAACGCACGAUCCACUUCCCACCUCCUUUAAAGACUCUCCUCCACAACCUCCCCAUCCAGAUGUGUGCAUGGUGGAUCCAGAGGCUCUUCUUCUUGAUAAUAGGAGCACAGAAAAUGUUCCCAAGAAGGACCACAGGACCACCAGGAGCCUCAGAAAGUCCAAACCAAAAUCGGCUUCUCCUGCUCGGAAAGGGGAGGUCAGAAAGAGGUCCUCCACUCCAGUGAAACAGGCUCACAAGGACUCUGCUUCACCUCGAUCAACCUCCCUUAGGAGAAAGGACCCAGAGAGGAUCUCCAAGCUGGUCAAGAUGUCUGAGAACCAAGGUUCACGCAGUGACAUCCUUAAUCCUAGUAAGGUCUUCGUCAAUGGAGUGAAGAGCAGUGCAGGAAACAACCCUCAGAAAGCCACUUCGGGUGUCCCUCCUGGACCGCCAGUCUAUGUGGACCUGGCCUACGUGCCCAACCACUGCAGCGCCAAAAAUGUCGACCAAGAGUUCUUUCGGAGAGUGCGGGCAGCGUACUACGUGGUGAGCGGGAAUGACCCGAGCGGCGGGGAACCUAGCCGUGGAGUCCUGGACGCCCUGCUGGAGGGCAAAUCUCAAUGGGGCUCCAACCUGCAGGUAACGCUGAUCCCAACUCAUGACACAGAAGUGACCAGAGAAUGGUACCAGCAGACCCACGAGAGGCAGCAGGACCUGAACAUCAUGGUCCUGGCCUCCAGCAGCACCGUUGUCAUGCAGGACGAGUCUUUCCCGGCCUGCAAGAUUGAGUUUUGAGCCUCUUGCGUUUCACCACUACCUGUCUAGACCCCUCAUCCACCUCUUGCUUCCUCUUUUCCCCACUAUCGAGUGUGACCGAGUUACUCCUCGCUCCUUCAAAGCGGUACCAAACCAUUCGUUCAGUAAGGCCUGGUUCUGGUUCUUAAACCCUCGCGCUUACACGAAUGCUAAUAUUAGGAUCUAAAUUGAAUUUUCCGGGUGAAAAAAACUUGAAUGACAAAAAAGUGGUGCCAAGUCAGUGAAAAUGCAACAUUAAAUAUAAUAUGAAUAAUCAACAGAAAGUAUUACAGGAAAUAAUACUUUUUUUGCUAUUAUAUUAAAAACGACAACAACAAAAAAUUUACUUAACUUGAAUUUUCUGGUUAAUAACUAAGCACUUCAUUAGGUACACCUGCUCAAUCCAAUGUCCUAAUACAACAUAAUUAUAUUAAUACAUUUUAUGUCUUUGGUUAUGUUAUUAUUUUGGUAUGGAAUUUAAAAUGUUUUGUUACAGUGGAAUCCGCUUAAAACAGCCCAUCUAUGUCGACCAAUUCAUCAAAUUCCGGUCCACCGCGUUCUUUUUAAUCACGAAAAAAAAGUGCCCUUUUAAGUUCACAUACACGGUUGACUGCUUUUGUCGACAUAAAAACUAAUUUCUAUGAAAAAUUGGGUGAGUUUACGUCGAGGUCCUUAUUACUGUGUUGUCUCAGGCCUGCCUCCUUGUCCUGGGUAGAAGUAUGGCAUGGGUGUGUGAUGGAUCGCGGAUGGCGUCGGUGAUGAUCGUCGAGCAAAGAUUAUUGAAGAAUCCUGUGGAGGAUUUAGCCAAAUGAUAUCUGGUGCAGCUGGACAACAUUCUUAUAGUCUGAUAUGAUGUCAUCUCAGUCGUUAGAUUCAUGGUAUAGAAUUCGACUGCAUUACGACCCUGUAAAACAGGGGUGCCCACACUACGGCUCGCGGGGCAUGUGGUGUUCGCUGCCGUCCUCAAAUUGGCCCACGAGCCUGCCCGCAGGGACAUUUUAAUUAAUUUUAAAAAUCUAAUUAUAUGCAGCUUUGUCAAAACCUUGUCGACAAAAUUAGUAUUUCAGGUCUAUAACCACGUACCAUGCUUUUAAAGGAACACAAUUUUUAUUUAUAAGAUAUAUAUGCAAACAACCUUCUCUAGUCAUGGUGCAAAUAAAAAUACAGUCAAACCAACACAGAAUGCCAAUAAACAUUGUCACACAUAACACAAUUUGUAGACAUUAUAAAACACGUCCAUGCACUAUAAGACAAUUUGAAUCCAUUGCAAAGCAUGAUGAGAAAAAUGCCAAACACUUUCUCCACUCUUAUACAUGUUCGGUGCAUUUUAGCUGCUUGAUAUUUCUGAUUAAUUACAAAACUUUAAGGAGGUUGUCACAGACGUAAACAAGGUAGAGUCCAACUUUCACACACUCUUAAUAUCCAAUUUUAAUAAUUAAUAAUUAUUUAUAGAUUAUAUUAAUAUAUGUACACACACACACAUACAUGUAUAUAUUUAUAUGGUGAAAAAAUAAAUGUAUAUAUAGACUUACAUACAUACAUAGUUACUUUACAUUAAUUUGAAUCGACUUUCGGCCCUCCACCAAUUUUUUUCAGCCCAAUGCGGCCCCCAGGGCUAAAGGUCUGGACACCCCUGACGUAAAGGCCCGUUCGUGUAUGCAUUUGAGAAACUAAGGGUUCCUUAAGCCUAAGGCUUGGCAAUAACUAGCCGUUGGCGUUAUCUAAAGAUGGUUCCAGAACUCACAGGGAAUCAGUCGGACUCCUGCAUAGCAUCUUAAGACACACGUGCGCGUUACGCUUAAGUCAACUUGCCUUUUUGCUUGCGCCCAGGAACGUAAAUCGCCUUACGCAAUCUGGGAAAACAUGUUAUUUCAUAGUGCAGUGGAUACUGCAAUUGCUAAGCGGCAUGUAAAAUUACUAUCCGCAUUAAAAGGAGACUUCCUGUUCAGUGCAAAGCAAGAUGUCAUGGUUUGUCCGAGGGGCGUCGACGACGUUAACGGGUUCCACUGUGUUGUUAUUAAUGAUAGUAAAAUGCAUCGUUAUUAUUAUUAUUAUAAUUAGGGCCGGAGCAGCAAUGCAAAAGUCCUAUUAAAUUUGCGGUGUUUGUUCUAAUAGUAUUCCUACACCAAGUAAGAAUUGUGCAGGUGUUCCUGUUGAAGUGAUGAUGUUUUGGCACUGGACGCAUCAGAUUAUUGCUGUAAAGCAGCCCAAAACGCUGUUUUGAUGUCAUCUGUGCACCAAAUGUAGCAACCUUGUUUCCAAGCUGCGGCAAAGCGCUUCUUUGCUCAUUUGCAGCAGGAAAAAGGAAACACAUGCGAGUGAAAAUAUUUGAAUGCUAGGAUGGAGUAUUGGUGCUAUGCCGAAAAAGGGGAAAACAAAUAUUGCACUACGAGAAUUAGGGUUGUAAAUAAGAGAGCUACAUUUCAGGGGGGAAACUUUUUUUUUUUUUUAUAGAAAAUAGUAUCCUAAACACCUUUUUUUCCUUAAAAUAUGUGACAUUUUUCUCAAAAAUACACAACUUUUAUGUAGACUUAUUAUUACUUUGACUGAUUGAGACAAAUUAAUUCAUUAUCACAGAUAAAUACACGCAAGUUUAUUCUUCCAAAUGUAUCACAAUUGUAUCCUUUUUCUCCUUUCAGUUUAGUCCCAAUACUCUUUAUUUUUAUUUUUUUCGAAAAUACUAUCUGAAACAAAUUUUUUUCGUUUAAAUUUGUGACAUUAUCCUUAAAAAUACACAACUUUUAUGUCGACUUAUUAUUACUUUGACUGAUCGAGACAAAUUAAUUCGUUAUCACUGAUAAAUAUACAAAAGUUAAUUCUUCCAAAUGUAUCACAAUUGUAUCCCUUUUCUCCUUUCAGUGUAGUCCCAAUACUCCUUCUUUUUUAUUUAUUUAUUUAUUUAUUUAUUUUAGAAAAUACUAUCUGAAACACCUUUUUUUCCUUAAAAUAUGUGACAUUUUUCUCAAAAAUACACAACUUUUAUGUAGACUUAUUAUUACUUUGACUGAUCGAGACAAAUUAAUUCAUUAUCACUGAUAAAUAUACAAAAGUUUAUUCUUCAAAAUGUAUCACAAUUGUAUCCCUUUUCUCCUUUCAGCGUAGUCCCAAUACUCUUUUAUUUUAUUUUUUGGAAAAUAGUAUCCCAAACACAUUUUUUCCUUUAAAUUUGUGACAUUUUCCUCAAAAAUACACAACUUUUAUGUAGACUUAUUAUUACUUUGACUGAUUGAGACAAAUUAAUUCAUUAUCACUGAUAAAUAUACGCAAAUGUAUUCUUCCAAAUGUAUCACAAUUGUAUCCUUUUCUCCUUUCGGUCUAGUCCCAAUACUCUUUCUUUUUUUAUAUAUAUUUUAUAUGUAUAUAUAUACAUAUAUAUAUAUAUAUAUAUAUAUAUAUAUAUAUGAUUGUUAGACAGCAAAGACAUGAUUAUGAAAAAUAUAUAUAUUAGGUAACGUCGGUGAAUUGUUCGAUUCUUGUAUAAAGUACGUAGGAGAAACUAGAAUGCACUUUUUUUGAGAAAGGGGGAGCUGUCGUCGUUGGAAUGGAAGCACAGUGAUGACCUCAACCACGUACCCCACGGCACAUGUGGUAUUGUAAUAUGUAAAUAAUACUAAUAAUAACUGAGCUUGCCAGCAACAGAUGGUAUAAUGAAUAUUUAAGUGAGUAUGGAUGUUCCAGAUUUGUUGGAAUGUGGCGUGUGUGUGUGCGUGAACGCGUGCGUGUGUGUGAUAAGUUUAGUUUUUUAAUACAGCAUGCUUGAGGUACUUUUGCUGAGAUUGUCUUAAAGCUCAUUUAUUUUCUCCUAAUCGCCCUGCAAGGAGAUAACUCACUCAAAAUCAAUUCACAUAUCCGAGGGCAACUUCUGCGCCGUCUUCCUUUCCUUCCCCUGACACGUAUUCUGCUUUCCAGAAGAAGAAAAAAAAAAAACAGCGAGGAAAUACCUAAGCAACCACCGGGGGUUAUAGAUUAUACCGAUAAAACCUAUCAUGUCGAUAGUGCCAUCUUCACCGUCAAACCAAGCCGGUCAACCGCUUAUGUCGACAUCAGUCGGCCAGUCCGAGUUAAGCGGGUUUCACUGUCGUUCUUUUUCAGUGCUUUUUCUCGGGACUCCGACAUUGUUGAUAGGUUUCACGAGUCAGCAUUCCGUCGCCCUUUUCCGAGCUGAAAUUUCCCAGUUUUUUUCUGGAACGCAGCAAACGACUGUCAAAGUGAGGAGUUGGCCGAGGUAGAGAGAGUCUUUUUAAUGAAUGUCAACUCCUGCUGGAGUCAAAGCGCAGAGAUCGACAUAAGCCGACUUGGCAGAACCGUUCUCACGAGUCAAGUCGGGCUUUUGGCCUGACUCGGCCUGCAACCUUUUCCUGAACACGACUUGAAAACACACAUGCAGAGUCCAAACACGUACCGGAAUAUACCGUGCACACACACUUGUACAUAUGGUCAACAACAACAACAAAGACGACGACAACAAAUAGCGCAGUUCUUCAUGCACAAACAGAAAACAUCAUCUAGUCCUUAUGCAUGUGACUUAUUUAGUUAGAAUCCUGAAUGUAAUUGUUUAACAUGGAAGUACUACUACUAAAGUACUAUUACGACUACUACUACGCAACUUUGAUGCUAUUUUAAAAGUCUGACAAACGCUUAGUUGUGGGGUAAAUUAAAAAACAACUAUUUCUGAGCUGUGCUUCUGUUUGUUUACGUCGUCACGAGGAUGACGUGUAAAACGCUAACUUUGUUGAACUUAUAUCGCGCUUCUUCUUCUUGACAUAUUUUAAGGUAUGACUUGUCGCUUUCUCUCUGGUGCAAGUAGAAGUGCUACACAUUCAGUCUUUGUCAAAUAAAAAGCAUCCUGGUGGUCAUUCAUUAAAGUACCCUCAACUCCAA